AUGGCUGCCAGCCCAGAUAUUGUAUAUUCCACUGCCAAGAUGGCCACUGCCACCUCCAAUAUGGAUACUACCACAUUUAAAGCAGCAGCCUACAAUCCUAAUAUGCCACCUGAAUUGGCAGAAGACCUGCCACUGUCAACUGGCAUGAUAAUUCAACUCAUCAAAGAUUUGAGAGUUGAUUUGAAAAAUGACUUUAAAAAAGACUUUGACACACUAUAUGGUGCCAUGGAGGGCAUUAACCAGCGAACAGAAAUAAUAGAGAAUAGAUUGCGCUCUCAAGAGCAAUCUACCUGGAUCUGGUUGAAACCGUAA